CUCCUAUCAGGCUUGCGGCGGAGGGAGCGGGGCCUGCCCAGCGCUGCGGUGCGGUGCGGGCGCGGGGCCGGGCCAUGUCCGAGUACCGCAUCUCGGUGGAGGAGCUGAACGACCUGCUGGCCAACGGCAGCGGCUGCUACAGCCUGCCCAGCGCGCACAGUAACGAGGUGGCGCCCCGCGUCCACGUGGGCAACGCGUUCAUAGCCAAGAAUAUCAUGAGGUUGCAGCGCCUGGGCAUAACCCAUGUGCUGAAUGCAGCAGAGGGAAAGUCCUUUAUGCAUGUGAACACUAAUGCAGAGUUCUACGAGGGCACAGGCAUUACCUACCAUGGUAUUAAAGCUAACGACACCCAAGAGUUUAACCUCAGUCGGUAUUUCGAAGAGGCAGCUGACUUUAUUGAAAAAGCUCUGUCCCAGAAGGAUGGCCGAGUCUUUGUACACUGCCGUGAAGGAUACAGCCGCUCCCCAACUCUGGUCAUUGCUUACCUUAUGCUUCGCCAAAACAUGGAUGUCAAGAGUGCAUUGAGUAUUGUCCGGCAAAAGCGGGAGAUUGGUCCUAACGAUGGCUUUCUGAAGCAGUUAUGCCAGCUCAAUGAGCGACUGGUAAAGGAAGGCAAGCUGAAGCCCUAGAAUAUAGUGUCACAGUCUCUGUAGAGGACACUCUGGACUGCUAAGGAAUGCAUGUUGGAUACUUUAGAUACACAAAUCCAAACUGCCAUGUUGGGUCAUGUUGUGUGAAGGAGACAGAGUUCCCUUUCUCCCUUUGGUGAAAGUACCUCCCCACAGUCUUUUAAGUCUGUCUUUUAAGAUGGCACAAGAUUUUCUCACUCCUAGGAGCUGCUGCAAUAAAGAAAUGUUAGAGGAAUGACUCCAAUGAUGUAUCAUGUAUCUUUGCAUCAGACCCCCUACCCCCAGUAUACGAUAUCCCAUGAUAUAUGUCCUUUGCAUUCAUUUUGAAUGUCAUUUGUUCAUGUCUUACCAAUGUUGCUCAGCUCUACUAGUGUCCAAGAGCAGUAAUGUCUCCUUUCACUUACAGUUGGUUGGAAUACUGUAUUUUCUAAAAUGUGUAUCUCAUGCACACAGGUGCCUAGAAGUCUUGAGUGUAGGACGUUUCAGAGAUAAAGUAUAUAUGCAAAUGCACAAAUGCACUCUCUCCUAUAAUGAAAUGUUUAUAGCUUUGUGUUUGGUGUGGCCAUAUAUAAUACACUAUACACAGGCCUCAAGUGUGGCAGCAAAGCCACCUGGAAUCUGGUGUUAAUACAAGUUCCUUUGUAUAUAUAAUUUGUAUAUCUGGUGUUUUAUGUUUCAUAUUAAGUAGAAACAAAGUGCUCUUGUAACUUUAAAAUUCAGAUAGGCAUAACAAAAUGUAAAGAGCAAGUCUUUUAAGGAAAGUCUUGAAAAAGAAAAGGCAAGAGUGUGAACACUGGUAUGGGAUAAGAUUUUGAACAGAAGAAAUUAAGAACACAAGCUCACUGCUCAGGAGGGCUUCAGUGAAUUCCAGUCUCUUUUCUUUAACCUCUAUAUUAAGCUUGGAAAGUUUGAGUCUGAAUAAGCACACGCAUUGGAGGGGCACUCACAGGUAAUAGCAGGCCGAAUUCUGAGGUGUCCGUUGCAAGGCACAGCAUAAACAUGCUUCUCCUAGGUCUGCUUGCAUGAUUUUAUUAAAUGGAAUCAAGCAUUCCAUUGUGUUAUACAUUGUGUGAACCUGGCAAACGUUUACUUUAAUUUCUUCUUUAAAGUAGGUGAUACGUUAGGCCUGUCUGAGGUUCUGCUGUGCUGAGGAGUCUGCACUAUCUGGAGAAGAAGCUUUUUUUUAUUAUUAUUUAUUUAUGGUAAGUGCAUAGCUAAGUGUGAGCACAUAGUUUUAAAGCUAAUGUGGUGCCAUGUGUACUGAUGACCCACCAGAGCAAAUCCAGAGCUGUUAAUCCUAAUAGAACCUUAAGAUGUUUGUACAACCUUGUUCAGCUUUGUGCUUUUGUAAAUUUAAUGGGUAACACUAUAACAACCCUUGUAUUAUUUAUGCACACCAUAGCCAGCACUGGCUUUAUCAUUUGUUUUUCUUUACUCAGAUGAUUUAGUCAUAAAAUGAUCCUUUUUUCUUAGUACCAUGUUGGAUUUCAAGGAAAUGGAGACUGGGUCAUUUUUAGGAUUGGAAGGAAUCUUACUCCUGUUGUGUUCCUAGUCAGGGUAGCAUUUGCCAGACCAAACCCACAGUCCAUUGUAAUUCCAUAGGUUGCAUCCAGCAAUGGCUAGUUCCAGAUGACUUGGCAGAAGGAUAACCUUUGAAUGAAUGUUAAGAGAACAAUCUGCCCAUUAGUUGAGUUUCUUCUUAACUCUGUGCAGUUAGCAGUAGCAUUGUUUCUUCCUUGAUCACCUAAGUGUCUGGAUUUGGUUGCCUGCAUUGUAUUCUUGGUCAUCUGAAUGCCAAAAAUGCCACUUAAGCACAGAUAGGAGCUCUGUUCUUGGUCACGUAACCUGUGCUUAGACUGGACAUGUGCAGUAAGCGACACAUUAGCCACGUAUAGAGCUGGGACAUGUACACAUACCCCUUGUAGACAUAAGCAUAAUCUAAGGCCUGAAAAUAUAGGCAGCCAAAAUCCAUGAUUAGCAGGACUCAGCCUGAGGGGUGGGGAGCACCUUCCCAUGUUGAAAGAAAGGAAAGCACACAAGAUUUCUAGUCUUUUUUUCCCCCAGUAACUGAGUGGCUGGGGGGCUUGCCUCAGAAGCUGGAGGACCUGAGUUCUAGGCCUCCCCUUGUUCAGAGAGGAUUUAAACCUUGGUUUCUCUGACUUUCCAGCAUAGCAUUCUUAAUACACCACUGGUGAGGCAUUAUCCAGCCCCUCCUCUGACACUUCUUUUGAAUCUGAGUCACUGCCUCUUGCAUUUUAUAUAGUCAUUGGAAAACAAACUGCUGGAGAGCAGUUCAGAAGGAAAGCUUCUGCUUCACUGGAUGCAAGGCCCAGAUUAGAACCCAGGACCCCCUCCUAGGUCAACAGCCACCUUACUUUACUUACUUAUAUCUGCUUUUUAGUUCCCUGUCUUCCUUCUGGCCUCAGUGGUUCUCCCCACAUACUUCCCUCUCAUGGCUGCCCAAAGAGGCAGCUUCAGAAAGAGUUUGGAAGAAGGGACUCUGGCUUGGUGGACAAAACCAUUGGACUUCUCUUCCUCCCUCCUAUCCCUUCCCCUGCAAUCCCCAUUUUGCUGCCAGUGUGUAUGCUCACUCAAUCUGUGUACACAGGCAAUGACAUAUGCAUAGGUCAUGUGACCAGGAAUAGCAUUCCUACCAGUGCCUGAGUGGCAUUUUUGGAACUUAGGUAACUGAAAAUGCCUUAAACCAAACCAAAAUGGCAUAUAAACAAUCAAAUCUUGACACUUAAAAGACCAGGAAGGGAACAGAAUGCCAUUUUAUUAGGUUUUAUUUGCCAUGAGGCAGAAAGAGUUAUGUCAUUUAUAGAUUCAUUCUAUAUACUACAUGUGCAGAUAUUUUUCACUACCAGUAUAUAAAUGUCUAGGGGUAUGACUCCUGGCUUCAGUCAUAUCUUGUAGCAUUGAGUUCCACAGGAUAAUGAUGCAUUUUUGAACCUAUUUCUUUAAUUAUUGAUUUGAUUUUCCUUGAUUGUCCCUUUUUCUAAUAUCCUGAGAUGAUGUAUAGGAACACCAGACUCAUCUCCUGUAUUAUUCAAUUUCUGUUUGGCAUCCUGCAGUCUUGUUUACAGAGAAUUCACUGCUGCUUAUUUCUUUUGGAAAAAAAGCUUUUGUCUCUACCAACAGCAGUGUAUUGCAAAUGGAUAUCCUAUAAUGUACAGAAAAAAUAUAUAUACACAGCUUUGAUUUACUACUUAUGAAGCCAGGGCUUUGACCCAAUACAUGAGCUAAGAAAAACCUGCUGCUAUUAUUAUUUAUCAUUAUUAUCCCUUAGAUAUUUUGAUUUCACAGAUGGCCUUGAUUCAUCUCUUUUGUUCUUUGAGGAAUGACUAAUAGGAGUUUGACCCAAAAAAUCCAGGAAGGAUCUGGAAGAUUUUGUGUAAAUGAAGUUCAUGUGUCUGGGAUCUGUGUCUGUCUUUGUACAGUUCUGUACUUUCAUGAUGAACCACCUACAACCAGGAAGAAAUAUUGCUGCAGAAACUGUCAGCAUAUCACUAAAAUGAUGAUAUCACUAAUACCAAGAAAGAUCAAACAAACAGGAUAUACUUUUCUAAUAAUAGGACUCUGCUUUUCCUUGCCAUGGUGCAAUCUCACUAACCUCCCUAGCACUGUGGCUGCUUUACCCCAAUGUAAAUGAUAGCAGAAUCAAGUCUUGAAAAUAUACAUCCGAUACCUGUGGCAAGUGAAUUAACCAAACAGUAAGCUCUCCAGCUUGUCAGACUAGAGUGACCAUUUGUCCUAUAUUUGCUGGGACAGUCCUAUUUUAAACACCUGUCCCAGGCAUACCAUCAUUUUCUUCAAAUUAGUGCUUCUCUCCUGCUUUCAGAAAUUUCCUCACUAGAGGUGGUCCCAUUUUUAGAACUGUUUGGGAUUCUGUCCCAUUUUGAGAUUCAAGAAAUAUGAUCAUCCUGUGUCAGGCACACCCUGUUCUUUUGGUUUAUGCCCUUUAAUAUUACAUGCUCUUCUGCAGAUGGUAGCUGGUGUGCUGUCAAAAAGUGGCAGGCUGGCUGCAGGAUGGGAUCUGAGCCCCAAGGUUGCACAGGCCCAAUCCAGCAGCCCCUGGACUCCAGUAAGGGUAGUUGGGCUGGGUCCAUCUAGCCUUGGGGCAGGCACCCCAGCCAGCCUGUUGCUGCUUGGCAGUGGUCCACACCAGCCCAGCAGGCGCAGUGUCAAAAAGCAGCAGGUGGGCUUCAGAGUGGGAUUUGAGCUCCAGGGUUGCACUCUUCCCAGACCCCAGCAGGGGUAGCUGGGCUGGGCCUGUGCAGUCUUGGGGCUCAUAUGCCGCCCCCCACCACCCCAGCUUGCCUGCUGCACUCCCAAGGCAGCCAUUUCAAUGGGGUGGGGGGCACAUGCACUCAUUCCCGCCCUGCACAGGGAAGAGACUCUGCCUCCUCCCUGCAGCAGACCUGGGGCAUGACAUGUAACCCUCUCAGGGAACGCUAUACAAGUUCCUUAAGGCACUCUAAUUUAGUGUGCCUAAAUUUACUAUCUGAUUUAAUGAGGGUUACUUUUUCACAAGAUCAGCCAUUUUAAAGUGCUCUGCAGCUGUGCAUGUGUGUUAUGACAUGGUUGUAGAGUGCUUUUAGGGGCUUUUCAUGUGAAAAAUGUCACUUUCGCCUGUGCCCAUAAUUUUUAACCCAGUGUACUGUUCAGUCAUCAGAUGUUGUAUGCUUUUUAGUAUAAAGAUAACUGGUGGUGCCAGGUCUUAUAGAAAGGAUAAAAAUAGAUUUCCUUCAUCAUAAUAUGAAACUUAUAAACUACCAAAAAGAGGGGGGGUGUCUUUUUUUCCGAAACAUGUAGAGCUGCCCACUGCCAUAAAUAUAAAUGGUAAGAGACUUUUAAAAACAGAAGAGUAGGCAAAUAACUCUCCAGUAUUAAUGAUUAGGCAUUUUUACUUACAGUGAAGACAGUUUAAUCUGGAUUUGUGUUAAUAUGUUUAUCGCAAAUUAACAGGACUGCUUUUUUGUCAGGAUAUAGAGAUAGUACUUUGCAGAAGGGCUGAUGUUCCUUCAGAAGACACAUCUGUCACAGAACAAAAAAAUCUGCUGUGGCAGAUUCAGUACAGUGAAUAAGCACUUUAUUUUGUAUGGCUGUGGGAAGUUUUAUUUUUCUUUGACAAAAGAAGCAACAUUAGCUAAUAGCCACUCUGGAAUGAACUGUUUCACAAUAAUAUUCUUGUGCUUCAUAUAGAAAUAAAAAUGCUCAAGCUACUUCACUACAGCACAGACAGAAUGUAUAGUUUAGAAAAGAGAUUCUUCUAAAGGCUUUUGUUUAAUUCCUCACUGUCCUUAAUUUUGUGAGUUUUUGCUUUGACCAGUGGCUGACACGAGAAAGAAAAUAUGUUGCUUUUGACAGCAGAGGUGUUGCAGUACUUCACAGCAUGUCACUGCAACUGACUGGGGUGAGCAGAUGGCUUCCUGAAAUUAAAAGACAACUUGCAAAACUCUUUCAGCAUUGGGGAGGUGUGGUCUGAAUGUAGGACCAGUAGCCACUAGCUCUAAUCCCUUUUUGAAUGUUGAUUCAGUGUGCUGGCACUGAACAAAUCACUUUUUCUUCUGUAAAAUGUUGAUAUUUCCCUAACAGGGCUGUCAUGAGGAUUAAUUAAUCUCCGUAAGGAGCUUUGAAGAAAAAAAUCCCUGUAUAAAUUCUCAGUAUUAUGUAAUCUUUGACUUGAAAAUCUUCUGUCACAUUUAUUUCCCUCUAGCCAAAAGAAAUUAUUGCAGUAGAUGUGAUAGUGACCAUGCAUUUCAGUCAUUUAAAUUUGUGCAGUGAGCUGUCUUUUGAGAUCAGGGACUUACUUGGUCUUGGCCAGGAGUCAGCACCCAACAGCAACAUUUUUUUCCUCUUCAAUUUUAUGAAAAUUUAUUUUACUAGUGGAAAAAGCUUUAUUAUCAGACAGUCAGGAUAAUGGUAUUCCACGUAGCAUAGCGGAAAGGAUCUAUUCUAAAUUAACCCUUUUACAGUGCAUUCAUUUUGUGGUUUUUGCCAGUGAGUAAAUCUGAAAAUAGUAUAGGGUUGGGAAGUAACUUCCAUAGGUUUAUUAUUGGAAAUUGCUAACCUUACAUGUUCCCAUACUUCAUACUCUUUGAUGUGUUAAUGACUGAUACACAUGGGGAACUUUUAUCCUUUUGUUAUGGUAAUCUUUGUUUAAAAAGUCUAAGAUGUAACUGAAGUUGUCAAUACAUUCUAUGAAUUUAAUGCAAACAAAUAAAAAAUUAAACCUGCUGAAGCUAGUGUAUAUAAAUACAA